CCCGCCCCUCCCCCCCCCCUUCCCCCCAAUUCAGCUCUUAAGGCGUCCCAGCUGGGCACCCGCGCGAAGCCAGAUGCAGCACGGUGGCUUGGUUACAGCCGCAGCGUAGUGUCAUGUUGUUGGCGAUAUGGGGGCAGGCUAGGCUCAACGAGGUAA